AUGGCCACUUCUACAGUCGAAAACACUGGCUACUGCUUCAUCCCAUCUGGCCUCAGCCUCCCCCAACGUCAUAUUAACGUACAUUGUCCCUCUUCCAAGAAUGUCCUUUUGAUGUUCCUCAUUUAUGGCAUCAUCUCGAUCAUCACCAGCCUCAUUCUCGGCUCUGACAACGCCCGUCGCUCUCUUUCCCUCUGGGGUCGUAGAAGAUAUAGGAGACGGCCAUCAUUUUGGCCGGGUGUCGCAACGGCCAUUCUGCACAUCUUCUUCGCUAUGGCAGCUACUAAAAUCAUCAUCAACGGCGGCUUCAAGGCCGGCAUUUCCUCGUUGUGUCUCCUCUGGAUAACCCGCCCGCGGUUUAGCGCCGUCAUGACUAUACGGAUGAAUGAUACCUACUACCAGGCAUACAGCACGCUAUUAUUCGACCAUUUCAUUGCCGAAGCGAUUCUCGAAAUUGUUGUUCUCCUAUUUGCCACUAAAUUCGUUGGCGCACCUCGCUCUUCAGACCCUUUCUGCGAUGGAGUAGAAAUGACUUCAUGGCAGAAGCAUUUGCGCUUCAUGAUGGCCGGCGCAGGGUGGGCGUUGAUCGCUACAGGUGUGGCUCACAUCUUUGUUUUAGGAGCGUUCUUGGUUUCAGAGUUCUACGUCCGCAACGCGAAAAUGUAUUCAGAGAGCGAGCGUCGUUGGGACGGUUUUACCAGCCGUGUGGUGGAAAUGGGGUGGGUGAUUUCAUGGAUCUCCUUCAUUGCGAGCUGGGUGUUGUGGGCGACAUUUCUUCAACUGGCCGGAGAGGCAUACUGUCCAUCCAACAUCGGGGUGGUUAGCGUUUUGUUCGGGUGUCUUCCCCUCGUUGCCUCACUGGUGCGACCAGGGACGAACAUUUAG